GGCGGACCUGAGACAAAGAAAGCUCAAGUGUGUGUCCAAGCUUCAAUAUAAUUAUAAUGGCUACUGGAGAAGACUCAGGGUGGCUGGAAACUGAGCCAGUUACAUACAGUGUUCAGGAGCAGCUGGCCGUGGAUCUGUGGGAGGCUGUUAGACGUGAUGACGUCAGCAUAGUGAGGUCCGUUUUGAAACAGGGGGCCAACCCCAAUCACCAGCUCUACUGGAGUGAGGAGUGGAGUGACAAGAAUAGAGUCCCUCCAGUACAUGAAGCAUGCGGGAGGGGCUACCUGGAGAUCACUAGAGCACUCAUUAGUGGUGGAGCUGAUAUAGAGAAAGGUGAUAGAGUAUCAGGCAUGACUGCAUUUCACUCUGCGUGUUGGGGAGGACAUAUGGAGAUUGUGGUGUACUUGUCAAAAGAUGCAAAAUGUAGUAUUGAUGUGAGGAACAAGUGGGACCAAACACCACUGCACAGGGCUUGUGUGGGAGGAAGUAUACAAGUUGUACAGCACUUAGUAGAGGAGUGCAAGGUCGAUGUUGACGUGACUGAUGUUGGUGGCAACACUCCUCUUGACUUGGCAGAAGGGUUUGUUCGCACAAGAGAUCUGUCCCUCACCUGUCCAGAUGUGACUGAUGACCUGGCAGUACGGAGUGGUCACACUGAAAUUGUUGACUAUCUCCAGUCGCUGCAGCCCUCCGCUCCUGAACCAGGCAUUGCUGUACAUGAUGAUCAAGAUCAAUUAUACACUAAAGAUUUGCAAGAAGUUGUUUCUCAAUUAAUAGAAGCCAUUAAUGUUUGGUUUGAGUUGGGCCUCGCUUUAGGGAUUCCAGUUGCCAUGCUUGAGAAUAUCAAGUGUCAUACAAAUUGCAAUAGAGAUAGUUUGAUUAGAAUGCUGACCCAGUGGCUGGAAUCUUCACCUUCUCGUACAUGGAGUAACAUUUGCAAUGGCCUCAGAAGUGGCACUGUCAGACAAGACGUUCUAGCAAAUACGAUUGAGGAGAAAUACAAUGGUCGGCUAUCUGGGAGACAAAGAAACGAUUCGUGUGUUCCCGGACCCCAUACAGAGGACUCGUCCCGACCACCCCACAUCACUGAUCCUCUAGCCCCAGAAAACCGCAAAAGGUCAUUACCAUCAGAUAUAGAAGUUGAAAUUCUGUCAAAGCGUCCAAAGAAUGAUUUCACUGUACAAGGAUCAUCACAAGAGGAGCAUACUAGCAGAAACCAAACAGUGGAAAUUGCACAACCGUCGUCCAAAACUCUGUCAAAGCGUCCAAAAAAUGAUGUCACUGUACAAGAUCCUCUAGCCUCAGGUCAGCGCAAAAUGUCAUUGACAUCAGCUGAAGAAGUUGAAACUCUGUCAAAGCGUCCAAAGAAUGAUGUCACUGUACAAGUUCAACCACAUGAGACAAUAGUGACAGCGACUACAGCUCAGUUGAGUAAGAGCGCUCGGAUGAAGCUCUUCUCCAGUUGUCUACUGAGAUUGCUGUCUAUGACAGAUACAAGCACAGGCUGGGCCUCAGUGAUGCUGAGAUUAGUGCUAUCGAUCGGACUGUUGAUAACAUCCCAGGGAGGUUUCACACUGCUCUAAAGAAGUGGAAGAGUAAAAGCAUCAUUCUCGACUAUCCAUCCAAUUCAACAGCUACUUACGGUCGAUUAGUGGAAAUUGCUACAAAGAUUGAGGACGGAGAGGCAGUUCGCAGCAUUCACAAGGCCUGUGUGGAGCAUACCAUUCAACCACAUCAGACGAUAGUGACAGCGACUGCCGCUCAGUUGAAUCAAGAGUGCUCGGAUGAAGCUCUUCUUCAGUUGUGUACCGAGAUUGCUGGCUAUGACAGAUACAAACUCAGGCUGGGCCUCAGUGAUGCUAAGAUUGACGCUAUCGAUAAGUGUCCUUCCAUGGUUGAUAAUAUCCCAGGAAGAUUUCUCGCUGCUCUGAAGAUGUGGAAGAGUAAAAGUAUUCUCGAAAUGUAUCCAUUGAAUUCAACAGCUACUUACGGUCGAUUAGUGGAGAUUGCUGCAAAGAUUGAGGACGGAGAGGUAGUUCGCAGCAUUCACAAGGCCUGUGUGGAGCAUACAUGACUGGAGGUCAUGGAUCAGUCAACACCAUCAGACACUACCAACACUAUAGAACCAUAAGCACAUUUGCACAUUAUUUUGUUUUGUUUGACGCUUAUUGUGGUAAUGAAUGAAGUGGCAUGAGUUUUUUUUACUGACAA